UUUCCAACUUCACGCAAUCAGCAGAAGAAUCAUUCAAAAGGUCUUCAAUGUUGGGGUCCAAGCACCAAAAUUGCUGGAACUCUAUUGCGUUUGUUCUAAAUUUCCUUUUUUUUUUUUGGUCUUUAUUAUUUCUCUGCUCUAAAAGUGUGUGGGCAUCAGAGACUGUAAAUCGCAGAGACCCCAAACUUGGCAAGAGGGUCCCAAGUGUGCACCGCUACUCAUUCGCAUAUCUGUUUUUGGACUGUAGUUGUUUAGUUUCCAAAAAAGAUCCUGCAGUCAGCUGUUGGUUUUUGUUUCAGACGUGUCUGGUGCAGAAACGGAUAAAACAAAUACCAAGUCAGCGAUGGAGGGAGAAUCUGUCACUUUAAAUCCUGGUCUAGUAAAAAGUCCAAAUGAUUCGAUGACAUGGUUUUUUAAUGACGAUCCCAUCGCCAAAAUCACUGGAGAUCAGAGUAAGAUCUGUACAGAUGAUCAGUGUGAAGAGAGAUUCAGAGACAGACUGAAGCUGGAUCAUCAGACUGGAUCUCUGACCAUCAUGAACAUCACAACCACAGACGCUGGACUUUAUAAACUACAGAACAACAGUCACAUCCACCCUCACCACAGCAUCAUCAGUAUUAGAAGAUUCGGCAUUACUGUUAUUGGUGUGUCUGGUGUUGAGACAGAUGGAGUGUCAGUGUCAAUGAAGGAGGGAGAUUCAGUUACUCUACACACUGAUGUUGAAAUUAACCAUCAGGACACAAUGAAAUGGUAUUUGAAUGACUUUCGCAUCGCUCAAAUCACUGGAGAUCAGAGUAAGAUCUGUACAGAUGAACAGUGUAAAGAGAGAUUCAGAGACAGACUGAAGCUGGAUCAUCAGACUGGAUCUCUGACCAUCACAAACACCAGAACCACAGACUCUGGACUUUACAAACUACUGAUAAGCAGCAUAAAAAUAAUUCAAAAGAUCUUCCAUAUUGCUGUUCAUGAUGUUCCUGCUGAUGAACGAGAUGAAAUGAAGAGAAAGUCAGUGCAGGAAGGAUCAUCUGUCACUUUGGACAGUCAAGUAAUAACAAACCCAAAUGAUUUGAUGAGAUGGUUUUUUAAUGACAUUCUCAUCGCUGAAUUCACUGGACAUCAGAGUAAGAUCUGUACAGAUGAUCAGUGUGAUGAGAGAUUCAGAGACAGACUGACGCUGGAUUAUCAGACUGGAUCUCUGACCAUCACAAACACCAGAACCACAGACUCAGGACUCUAUAAACUAAAGAUCGUCUGCAGCAUCCGCUGUCGUCACAGCAUCAGCAUCAUCCGCAUAAAGCGAUUAAGCAUUACUGUCAUUGAUUCAAGUCUGCCUUUAGGAGUUAUAGCAGUUGCAAUAUCUGCUGCUGCUGUUGUUCUGCUGGUGGUUGUAAUUGUAAUUUGUGUAAAGUGCUGCUGGUGGUGCUGCAGUAGGGGCCAUAAGAACAAUGUAAUAUAACAAUGAUGUAUUGUAACAUAUACUGUGUAAAAUUACCGUCUGAAUUAACAGUGGUGUGAAUUCAUUUUUGUAUCAGCAGGAUGUUAUGUCUCCGCUUUAGUGUCAUGGUGUAACAUAAAUGUACACAUAAAGAAUUAUCAUCACUGUGUGAUGGAGAUGAUUCACCUUCACCAGCGUUUCCGUGGGUCCUUAAAUUUUUUUAAAUUGUUGUAUCUAACUUAAGGGCAUAGAAAUCUUAAAUGGUACAAGAAUGUUUUCAAGGGAAUGUUUUUACUUUCACUUUCACUUUCAGAAAAAUCGUAAUUACAAUUUCAAGAGGUUUUAAAUUUGAGAAACAGGAACCGUGAUAUGGCUUAAUGUGAGAAAACUUUAAAAGCAUAUGAUUUCUUUGAAAUCUGCAAUAUUUAUUCUAAGUCGAAACGCAGCGCAUUUAUGUAAAUGUAUAAGGGGAAUUGACUGUCU